AUGACUCACCGCUGCACAGAAAACACCGCAGAGGCCGCCCAUUCUCGCCCAGCUUUUUCGGCGCCGCACGCAGCACCUCGCUCUCUGUUUCACUUAAAGGACAUUGGAACCCGCCGUCGUAUAUAUAUAGUGUGCGUGUGCGUGCUGAGCUCUCUUUCUCUUGCACUUAACGGUUACUUUCCGGUGCAACACUACAAGCACACUGCACUUUCCCUUUCCGGUCGCUUUCCAUUUUUUGUGACACAAAAUAAGAACACACACACACACACAUACACCACACUAUUAACAAUGUCUAAAGGUAAGGUUUGCUUGGCGUACUCCGGUGGGUUGGACACCUCUAUUAUCCUUGCGUGGCUGCUCGAGCAAGGGUACGAGGUGGUCGCGUUCAUGGCGGAUGUUGGCCAGGAGGAGGAUUUCGCCGCGGCUAAGGCGAAAGCUCUGAAGAUCGGGGCCACCAAGUUCGUCUGCGUCGACUGCACCGCGCAGUUCGUGGAGGAUAUCUUGUUCCCUGCGGUGCAAGUCAACGCAGUGUACGAGGACGUGUACCUGUUGGGCACAUCGCUUGCGAGACCCGUCAUUGCUAAGGCUCAGAUCGACGUUGCCGAGGCAGAGGGGUGUUUCGCGGUCGCGCACGGGUGCACGGGGAAGGGGAACGACCAGAUCAGGUUCGAAUUGUCCUUCUACGCAUUGAAACCGGAUGUCGUGUGCAUUGCUCCAUGGAGAUUGCCUGAGUUCUUUGAAAGAUUUGCCGGGAGAGCGGACCUGUUGGACUACGCCGCCGCGAAGGGUAUCCCCGUGACGCAGACCAAGUCCAAGCCUUGGUCCACGGAUGAAAACCAGGCUCACAUCUCCUACGAGGCAGGGAUCCUGGAGGACCCUAACACUACCCCACCAAAGGACAUGUGGAAACUCAUCACAGACCCACAGGACGCUCCCGACCAGCCUCAGGACUUGCAGAUCGACUUCGAGAAGGGGUUGCCCGUGAAGGUCCAGUUCAAGUGCAACAAGACGGGCAAAGAAGUCGUCGCGACAACACCACUAGACAUCUUCAACACGGUCUCGAACGUUGCGCGGGCCAACGGGGUCGGCAGAAUCGAUAUCGUCGAGGACAGGUACAUCAACCUAAAGUCCCGUGGCUGCUACGAACAGGCUCCACUCACCGUGUUGAGAAGGGCUCACGUCGACUUGGAGGGGCUCGUCCUCGACAAAGAGGUCCGUUCCCUAAGAGACGCGUUCGUCACGCCAAAUUACUCCAGACUGCUGUACAACGGGUCCUACUUCACCCCAGAGUGCGAGUUCAUCAGAUCCAUGAUCAAACCUUCGCAGGAAACUGUCAACGGGACCGUCAGACUGCAACUGUACAAGGGUAACGUCAUCGUCUUGGGCAGAUACUCGAACACUGAAAAGCUCUACGACGCAACGGAGUCCUCCAUGGACGAAUUGACCGGGUUCUUGCCAACGGACACCACUGGGUUCAUCGCCAUCCAGGCCAUCAGAAUCAAGAAGUACGGACAGGCUAAGAAGGACCGUAACGAGAAAUUGAACUUGUGA